UACAGUAUUAAUUACUACUACUAUUCACAGUCGGUCACGUCACGGCGACGGCUGUGCCAGUGCCAGUGCCAGUGCCAGUGUACGGAACCCUAAGAACCAGUCAUCGGCGGGAAAUGUUACCAGGAGGGAGCUGGAUUGAUUGAUUGAGCUCAGGCGGGCUAGGCUGGAUUGGACAGGAGAAUGCCCGCAGAGGCAGCUAGCUUGCAGGUGAAGCUUAGUAGAAAGCUCAAGCUUCAGCUCCCCUCUCGAAUUCCCAAGAAACUUGCUGGGGGUUCUUCUGGGGUUCAAAGUCCUCCUAGAGCAGAUGGAGUCCGCAAUGGAGACAACCACAACCAUGAGAGAACCAAGCGUGGUUCGAAGUCAAUCCUGAUGGAUAAGAAGCGGAUUUUUGCUGAGCUACCUCGGUCGCCCUCGUCCUCCCCCAGCAGAAGCAGAUCGUCAUCGAAAAGGAAACAGAGCCUUCUGCUGUCAUCUAAUAAAUUAUUAGGAGAAGAGGGUAGCGACGGGCCAUCUCGCUCCAUGUGGGUUUCCGGCGGCAAGGCUGGUGCCAGUUUUCAAGCUAAAGUAGGGAAGACGCGAGCCACCAGUCUGACCUUGAAAACCGAGGUCAAGGACACAGAGAGAUGGAAUGCCGGGAAGCAGAAGAGUCCGGCCAAGAAGCAUUCGAUGGAUUCGAGUGGUCAUUUGGUUCAGAAACAAGGCGUACGUGCGGAGGUUCCUUCUUCCACGACUGCCAGGAGAAGGCAACAGGAGAAACGAGAUGCUCAUGGUGAUCAUCCUGAGGUGAAGGAUGAUCAGCCCAAAAAGCGGAAGCGGGUGAUUCGCCUUGAUCCACAUGAUAUCUCGAAUAAGCGGCUUGAUGACGGAAUAGUUGUUCAUGAAACAAUAAAGGAGAAGAAAAUGGAGUCACAGGACAGCGUUGAAAUCUCAAAGAAUGCUCAGUUCCGAGCAAUUCAGCCCGGCCCUUCUAUCCUUUCCUUUGUUGAGGAUAACUUGCUUGGUCGAAGACGGACAAUUGAGCUACGGAGGGCGGGAUACAACACGGAGCUAUCUGCUCCUUUAGACGAUAUUCCCUUCUCAAUGAGCUCUGAAAGAGAACGAAUCGAAGAAACUAUAUUCAGGAAUAAAUUGACCUUCUUUGCUGCUGCAAAGGUUUCAUCAUCGUUCCCACCCCCUGAAGUCCCAGAGAUCGCAUUUGCAGGGAGGUCAAAUGUGGGGAAGUCAUCAUUGUUGAACUCACUUACGAGACAGUGGGGUGUGGCGCGGACAUCUGACAAACCUGGACUUACUCAGACUAUUAAUUUCUUUAAACUAGGACCAAAACUCUCAUUGGUUGAUUUACCGGGAUAUGGAUUUGCUUACGCAAAAGAUGAAGUCAAGGAUGCUUGGGAGGAACUUGUGAAGGAGUAUGUCUCCACAAGAAUAGGUUUAAAGCGAGUUUGUCUGCUAAUUGACACAAAAUGGGGUAUGAAGCCAAGGGAUCAUGAGCUUAUUGAUUUGAUGGAAAGAUCUCAAACUAAAUAUCAGAUUGUCUUGACCAAGACGGAUCUGGUUUUCCCAAUUGAUGUGGCACGCCGGGCAAUGCAGAUUGAGGAGAACCUCAAGGCCAGCAAGUCCAUAGUGCAGCCUGUGAUGAUGGUGAGCUCAAAAUCAGGAGCUGGGAUCAGAAGUUUAAGAACAGUGCUUGCGAAGAUUGCUCGGAUUGCAAAAGUCUGAGAUAUGGUGUGGUGAUUUCAUGUCAAGACAAGGACAAACAUUUAUGUCGCUUGGCAUCAUAUAAUGAAUUGAGAGUAUUAAGCUAAAUAUAUAAGAUGCAGCGAUCCGUGAGUGUGCUCAUUCUUAGUUUGUGUUUGCACAGAGGAGUGCACUGUUUGCUUAAGAUGGAGAUGAAGAUGGACAUGGAGAUGGAGAUGAGGACUGGGAAUAUUGUUGGGGGGGAGAAAUGGAAGUUUGUGGAUUUGUGGGGGCAGGUGCUGUGCUGGAGUGCGGGUCGGGUCAGCUUGGGGUUCUGUUUUGUUGAGGGAAAAUGGUUGAUGAUGACAACAAAACCAAACCCCUUUUGACAUUUUGUAUUACAAACUUGGAAUUUGCGCUUUUGACGGUGUGAGGUGACGGGCUUGGCUGGACGAAUUGAGCAUAGAGGCGAGCUGAUGUGCGCCUCCGCCCUCUUUUAUGACAUGAUGUCGCACUGCACUGCUGGGACUCCAGCUGGUUUUAUUUGCGUCUCUUAUAUGUUAUGGUGGGAAUCUUAAAGGCCAUGUUAUUGCUUGUUUUUGUUUAGUGAAGGAAAUCGCUGAUGUCAGUGGAAGAAGUGUUUUACAUAUGGAUUUUACGACUGCUUAAUUUGUUUACGUGA